GCACAAACACCUUCACUGACAGCUUUUGAAUCCUCUCUCUGGGCAAUAAUGAUAACGUGAAGAAGAGGCACCUCAGCAAAGAUCCAAACUCACUCGCUUCCCAUUAGCCUUUUCGUCUUCUUUCUCCGGUAGAGAAGCGCGCUUGAAGUGGUUGUACUCUCUCCAACGUGGUUUUUGUUUUUCUUGAAGACUUUUGGAGCUCUUCUUCCUCUUCUUACAGAUCUGGUGCUACUAUCUACCGCAGGAUCACAUAGAGAGAGGACGGUGAAAAGAGAGAUGGGGAAGAAAUCAAAAUGGUUCUCUAGUGUCAAGAAAGCAUUUAGCCCAAAUUCAAAGAAGUUGAAGCACAAAUCACUCGAGAGCACAAAUGGUGUUAUCUCUCAAUCUCCUCCUCCUCCUCCUCCUCUUGAGGUCAGAGUAGCUGAAGUGGUUGUUGAAAGGAACAUCAAUCUUUCCCCUCCUUCUACAGAUGCCGUGAAUGCUACUACCACCACUGAUGUUCCUGUAGUCCCAUCUUCAUCUUCAUCUGCUCCUCCACGUGAGGUGGUUCGUCAACAUCGUGCUACACCUACUCGGUUUGCUGGAAAGUCAAACCAAGAAGCCGCUGCAAUCUUGAUUCAGACUGUAUUCAGAGGCUAUUUGGCAAAAAGAGCAAUACGGGCAAUGAGAGGUUUGGUCAGGCUUAAGACAUUGAUGGAAGGAUCUGUGGUUAAACGUCAAGCUGCAAACACUUUAAAAUGUAUGCAGACUCUGUCUCGUGUACAGUCACAAAUCCGAGCUAGGAGAAUCAGGAUGUCAGAAGAGAAUCAAGCUCGCCAGAAACAACUCCUUCAGAAGCAUGCCAAAGAGCUAGCUGGCUUAAAGAACGGCGAUAAUUGGGAUGAUAGCAUUCAAUCAAAGGAAAAAGUUGAAGCCAAGUUGCUUAGCAAGUACGAGGCAACGAUGAGAAGAGAAAGGGCAUUGGCUUAUGCUUACUCUCAUCAGCAAAACUGGAAGAACAAUUCUAAAUCUGGAAACCCGAUGUUCAUGGAUCCGAGCAAUCCGACAUGGGGUUGGAGCUGGUUAGAGAGAUGGAUGGCUGGUCGUCCAUUGGAAGAACCAAACAAUGACAAUGCCGCUUCAGUCAAGAACCGUAACGAAGCCACAAAAGCUAUAAACCUCCGCAACAAAAACUCAUCACAACCAAACACACCAUCAUCCGCAAGAGGUGGUGGUGGUGGUACUCCAAGAAACAAAAACAGUUUCUUCUCUCCUCCAACUCCCUCGAGACUAAACCAAUCCUCCAACGACGACGCCAAGAGCACCGUCUCGGUUCUGUCCGAGAGGAACCGUAGACACAGCAUCGGUGGUGGUGGUUCAUCAGUCAGAGAUGACGAGAGUCUGGCUGGCUCACAGGCUCUACCGAGCUAUAUGGUUCCAACUAAAUCAGCUAGAGCCAGGCUGAAGCCGCAGCAGAGUCCGUUAAGUGGUGGUACCACACAGGAGAACGAUGGGCUUGUUGCAGACAAGGCAUCUGCUAAGAAACGCCUCUCUUAUACGAAUUCAACUACAUUGCCUAAACCACGGAGGUUCUCAGCUCCGCCUAAAGUGGAGAGUGGCGACGUUGCCGUCACCAAUGGAGGAGUAAGCUGAGGUUUGGUUGUCUUUUAAACAAAAAAGAUAUAUGUGAUUUUCCACUUUGAUGGAUAUGUCUCCGAGAUGGUUUGUUGUAUGUUUGUUAUUUGUUCCCCUUUCAUUUCAUAAUUCAUUUGUGCAG